AUGCGAUUGAAUUUCAGUCAACCCCCGACACCGGCGUUGAGUCGGCAGAACACCACCUUCCUCAACAAUGCGCAUCACUAUCGCGCAGGGACGCAUCCGCAUCUCCUGACGAGUCGCAGCAAGCCUCGAAGAUGGCCUUUGGUGUUCCGAUUCAUUAAAGGCGCUAUCCAUGCGGCCAUUCUGCUGCCCGUCUUCCUGCACGCCGCGUUCACAGCCUUUGUGGUCUAUCUCGAUGUCUAUGUAUUUGAUACGGUUGGACUACCGAGCAGUAUUAUCCCAUCCUUAUCUAUAGUCGUGGGUUUGAUGCUCGUUUUCCGCAACCAGACCUCCUACAACCGAUUCUGGGAUGGGCGGAAUGGAAUGAACACGAUCUAUACGUGCAUUCGAAAUUUAGUCAGGACUAUCGUCACCAAUGGCUACAGCACCGCGGGUCCUCCCACUGCCGCAGAGAAAGAGGACAUCGAGAGGACGAUACGUAUCCUCAUGUCAAUUCCCUUUGCAGUCAAGAAUCAUCUUCGCGCUGAAUGGGGAGCAGCCUGGGCUCUCGGAAAUGAUGUAGCUGAGAACGGUGUCGCAGCUUUCAACCCCGAUUAUGCAAGUCUCCUUCCAGCUGGACUGGUGGGCCACGAAGAUGAGGGGCUGGGAUUACCGUUUCAACUAACCUUCUUUGUGGAUGGAUUUAUCAAGAGGGGAGUGGAGCGCGGCUGGUUCAAUGCUCCUGGGGCAAGUCAAAUGCAGGCUCAGUUGAACUCUUUGAUGGAUGCCUAUGGAAAAAUGGAGACCAUCAAGCUGACCCCUAUUCCGGUUGCGCAUUUGAUUCACCAAAAGCAAGUUCUUGCUCUCUUUGGCUGCGUCUUACCCUUCGGUAUGGUCGACGAUAUGGGGUGGUGGACCGUUCCCAUGGUCAGCCUGGUCAUCUUCACCUUGUAUGGCAUCGAAGGCAUCGGCUCGCAAUUGGAAGACCCCUUCGGGUACGACCGCAAUGACAUCAAGAUGGAUGCCAUUGUCGGCGACGCUAAGACUGAAAUUGACGUUGUACUGGCUGAAUGGCGCAGACUGAUGGCGUCGCUCGAGUCAGCGACCGAUAAUGGCGAUCAGCAUCUCGGCAACGGUCUGGUUGUGGAGGAGGAGGUUAAGGAGCCGAAAUUCAUGCCGCCUGAUAUGUUCCUCAAGCAUCGUGCGAGACCAUCAGGGCGAUAA